AUGAUUGCUGACGGCGCAAUCAAGCCCCUUAGGCCCUACAAGGUCCCUACUAGAGAAGAGAAAAAUGACCCUAGGUACUGCCGUUACCAUCAAUUUGUAGGGCAUCCAACCACUGCCUGUCAGAGCUUAAGGAGAACCUUACAUGGUAAAAUAAACGAAGGAGUUCUUGAGCUUCCCUCUAGGAAGCAAACUAUUGAUGAGGACCCUUUACCAAAGCGAAGGGGGAAGGAGGUAGCUGCUAUCAUAACAUGUUCUGACGAUCUGCUUGAUGACGAUGAACUAUGUCACCCAUGGAAGAACGACCCAAAGCCACCUAAGGCUAUCUGGGAGCCUUGCGGAAACAUGGAGAAAGCUUACUGGCGAAAAUAUUCGGAACCUUCGAGCUAUAAUACGCCAUGGCCACUUGCUGAUGGAUGGGACGACUGUGCAGACAAUGAAGUGUUUAUGUUGGACAUGCCGGAAGAACGAUGCCUAGGAACCUCCUCUGGGCAGUAG